AUGCGUCUCUCUCAAGCCGUCAAAACCACCCUCAACUACUAUCCUACCUGUUCUCUCGCUGAACGGCAAAUCGUCCUAGGUACUGUUGGGGCCUACCGUCGACCGAUCGACUCGCGUCCGGUCACCGUCCAGGACGUGCGCGGCCGUGAAAAUAACUUCAGCCUUGAUGUGCAUGGAUUCCAAUUCCUGAAUCGUCCCAGUCCUCAUGUUUCCUCCUUUACCGAGUCCGUGGUCAAGAAAUUCAUGUACCCCGAAGCGGUGGAUAUACUGAAACAAGCAACCGGCGCCACCAAAGCCCACGUCUUCUCGCACAUCACGCGCACAGCGCCCUACGAGAAAGUCGAAGCCCUGGCGGCAUCGAAGGAGUCGGAUACUAAGCCCACUAGCUUGAUGGUUCCGGCACGACUCAUCCACGUCGACCAAUCCGAGGCUGGUGCCUUGGAUGUGUUGAAGGACAACAUGCCGCCAGAAGAAGCUGCUCGUCUGUCCAAGUCUCGCUGGGGCAUCGUGAACAUCUGGCGCCCGUUGAAGCCCGUCCCGCGCGACCCGCUGGCCGUGGCGGAUGCGCGUUCCGUGCGAGACGAAGACCUCAUUGAGAUCUAUGGCCGCAUGCCCGGGAAGGGCGAGAAGGAUUAUGAGGCGGCAACUAAGGGGGCUGGGUUUGGCGUACUGUAUGGCAAGUAUGGAGAGGGUCAGAAGUGGUAUUAUUUGUCAGGGAUGAAGCCGGAGGAGGUCAUGUUGAUUAAGUGUUAUGAUUCUAGGGCUGAUGGGAGUGUGGCCCGCAGGGCGCCGCAUACGGCCUUUGUGGAUCCUCGGACGAAGGAGGUUAAGGAGCCCAGGGAGAGUGUGGAGUUGAGGUGCUUGGUGUUCUUUGAGGAUCAGAUCUAG